CCGACUCUGAUACCAAAAUGACCGGCACCGAAACCGAUGCCGAUGCCGAUGUCGAUGAAACGGAUAAGCCAAAGAAGUUCUUACCAGAAUCCCUAUGUUGGCAUGUGCUCACUUCGGUCUUGAAGGCCUUGGCGUGGUUACAUGACGGUAGUCCAGAACUCGUCCGUAUAGGCCCCAAUAAAUUCGGGAUGGAUCCCACUCCGGACUGGAAUCCCGCUCUACAUCGGGAUAUCACUCCCGCCAACAUACAAUUCCAACAGCCUAGACGCAGAGAGACGUACGGGCAGUGUAAGCUUGGCAACUAUGGCAGUAUAUACUUAUCGAAUCAUCAUAACGGGGACGGCAAGUCCAGAGUCGAGCGGGUCAGGGGCAAGGCCUUGGUUCCGCGAAAGGGUGACGUCAACACAUUAUUGGACGAGCUCAUCCGGCAAGAUGAUCGAUAUGGCUAUACUUAUAAGGAACAGACGGACCAGCCUUACACUGUAAUUAGCGAGUGGAGGGCAUUUGGCGAGAUCAUGCAGGCGAUGAUGAUACCUCCAUCAGGAACAAAAACAAACGUCCAUGAUCACAUCGAAAAUGUAACCAAGCAUGGAGUAAGGUAUAAUCUCGAAUACGCGGAUUACUCGGUUGGGUUAAAGAACCUGAUAAUCAAGAUGAUGACGCUCAACCCAGACGAAAAGUCAGCAGAUGGCAAAUACCUCUUCCCAAACCGAGAUACCCUAACCUCCCACCUAUGCGUAGAAGCCUUCGAGAGGUACAGGCGGUGGAGAGUUUCCACCGAAGAAGGCCGAGGGAUAAUCGCCAUCGAGUCUCAACGGGCCCAGCAAGCUUUGGAAGACUCAAAAGCGAAGACGGAGAUAUGGAAUGCAACCGUGGAAAUGAACCGGAUUGUGGAUAAACUGCAAACGGAGAGGGGGCCCUGGCGUUUCGACGAGCAUGAUGAUGCCGAAUUUGAUGAUUUCGAAGAAUCAGGCUUUACCUACCAGGACAUGGCGAUUGGCGACGACGAGAGACCAUAUCCUCUUCACAAAAUUCCGCCCGUUGACAAUUGGGACUUCGAUCCGUAGACUUAUGUAUGGUAUAGCUUUUGACAUCACUGAAGCUUGAAGGGUUGGUAGAUCACUAUGAGAGGCGCUGGUCGGAUGAUGGACUUAGCCAAUUUUCGCAAAAGGGGCACAUUAUAAUUUAAC